AUGCACGGCGGGGAGCCCCUGCGAGAGGAUGCAUCUAUAAGGGACUUCAACGGCGGCAUAAGGUGUCACAUAGCCUCGGCCAUAGAGGAGGCCUUAUUGCUCCCAAAAGAUAUGGCCGAAAUAAAGAAUAUGAGGAAGAAUGAACUCAUCCUCGACAAUAAAAGAUACUUGGGCAUGAUUAUCCAAAAUACUUUCAAGCUAGAUGAGAUGCUCAAUAUCUGCUCCGAUCAGCUAGAUGAUGAAAGGAGGAGACGGGUAACGGCUGCGCAGACCUUGUCCAAAUUUGAGCAGGACUUGGCCGAUGUGAAGAAAAAGUUACUUGCUGAGGAGCAAGCUCGCAAGAGCGCCGAGUCGGCCCUAGAAGGCUAUCAAAAGCAGGCCGAGGACCAGGGGAACCGCUUGUGUGAGGCAAAUGCUGAACUGAAGAAGGCUCAGGAACAAGUCCUAGUUCUUAAGAAGCACUGGGAGGAAACCCAAAAGCUAAGGGAGCGAGCUGAAAAGUCCAGGGAGGAAGCCGAGAAAGCAAAAACCGAGGCCGAACGGGCAAUGAAUGAAGCUGAGCAAAGAGGUUAUGAAGUUGGUAUAGCUGAGACUGAGGAGGCUUUGAGAGCCGAGGUUCUGGUGGUGUGCCAUAUCUACUGCGCAAAAACUUGGGAUGAAGCCCUUAACCGUGCUGGGGCGGAGGCUUCAUCUAAGUUACGGAAGCUAGAGAACGUAUUCAAUCCUAAGGCGAUCCGUCCCUCAGCUCUUCUACCCCAUCAAGCUAAAGCUCCUUCUUCAAUCGUUAAUCCCAAUGAGGAGGUUUUGCCUCACAGUUUUCCUCCCCCUGGCCAGCCAAAAUCAGCUAAAAGGGGUAUUGCCCCUCCAGGAGCUUCCUCGGGCAAGACUGCAACUGCUUCGGAGGCAGAGACGGCCUCCCAAAGUUUUCAACAGGAUUUGGCUCCCACGGUCUUGCCAACUGGGGGAGUUACUAAGGAUAAAGAGGAAAUCACUACCUCGAAGGCAGACAAAUCUGCCAGCCAGGCCCCGAAGAUCUAA